AUGCACCGUGCACUUUGUGUUUUGCUUGAACGUGAGGUUCACCCGUUCACCGCUUUGACUGACCACUGCGUGAACGCGACAACCAGCGACUCCCUCGACCCCGGCAUGCUGGACUUUGGCAAGCUGGACGUCGGGUCGCAGAAGAUGCUCGUUCAGCAAAUGUUUAUGGCCCAAAACAACCCGGUGAGGACACCUGUCGCUGAUGGAAUGGAGAGUGACGGGCGGAGCAGUACUUCGUCGACAAGGAAUGGCCACUCCGAAUCAACGGCCGGCGACUGGGUAAGCGAGCAGUCCAACUCCAUCAGCAACAACACCCCCUCGAUGCUGCUCAAAUGUUCUGAGUGUGGGCUGGCCAAGAACAGCUCCGAAGAACUCGAGGUGCACAUCAAGCAGGAACAUCUCCAAUGGCUCCCCUUCCAAUGCCCGAUCUGCCUCUCCGAGCGCGCCUCUGACGCCCAAAUGCGCGAGCACAUCUACUCGGCGCAUAAGAAGAACAUGAACAAGUUCAUCUACGUCGACAACGUGCAAGCCAAGCGCACCCUGCAGCAGCAGAUGGACCGCUCUUUUCAUUUGGCGAUGAGCUUGAACUCUGCCAACAAUUCCUCAAACACAACAAAUUCUGCAAAUCGGCGCGGCCCCCUUGGACCUCUCAACGGGCGAUCCAACGGAGCCAUGCUGAACACGCUGGCAAAUCAGUUGAUGGCCAAUCACACGAAGGAGCAAGACAAAACAAAGGAACUGGUUUCGGUAAACUUCAACGGCACUUCGGACACAACCGCCGCCCGCAGCCAUUCACCUCGUGAAGCGCCCGCAUCCCGAAAACGGGAGCACGAUCAACCGAUCACGAGCGGAAGCAGCAACACAGACGCCCUGCUAGCCCAGAUCAACGCGCAAGCAAACCUGAACACUGAGGAUGACUACGAUGUCGAUGAUCCGCAAGAAGCCUUCGCCAUGAUGUUCUCCCCCAAGCGAGCAAAGCAUGAUCUCAGCCAAGACGACGACGAAGUGAAAAUGCCCGCGUUUGAGGACGAUUUUGGUGACGCUAGCGCAAUGCUCGAAUCGUUGUUCGGCGGCACGCCAUUGACGGGUGACGUACCGGCUUCCGAAGACUUCCACGUGAACCCCAAAUAUGGCAAGCACAUGCCACUUAUGACGAAAAAGCGCGUGCUCGGCGAAUGCUCAAAGUGCCAGAAGCCGGUGACGGCCGGCGCUCGCCAAAUGCACAUGUUCUACCAUCUUGGCAAAGACCACGGGAUUUUUCGUUUCCGUUGCCGCUUUGAUCACUGCAACGUGGAGCACUACCGCAAGGAUCAAAUGGAGAAUCAUCACAGCAAGGUGCACGGCCGCAUCGACCCGGAAAUGAUGGAGGACCGGUCGCUUGAGCUAUACCAGCGGUGCCAGGAAAUGUCGAUGGAGCUGAUCGGGACCGACAACUGCACUCCCGGCCCGACCGCCGACCGCGCUCAGAUCGCCUACGAAGCCCAGCUCGCCGAGCAGAAGCGACGAGCCGAUCGACCACGCAGGAAGGAGGGUCACGACUCGACAUGGCAAAACAAGGCGAUCCCUGAUGAUGAGCGGCCGUUGGAGUGCCGCAAAUGCAACAAGACGAUGCAAAAUCGGAUCCGCGGCUUCCACAUCCUCUGGCAUCUUGCCAAGGACCUCAACAUCAACCGCUACAUCUGCAAAAUCUGCAAUUUCGGCCAUGAUCGAUCGCAGAGCGUUCAAACUCACGGCAAACGCGAACACGGAACAGAUGACGUUGUCCUCGACAAAAUUGACGAUUACGAGGAGGAAAUCAAGCAGAUGUCCGAGCAAUGCUUCGGCUUCCAAGCCCUUUUCUCGCAAGAAAGCCGGCGUCGCAGCAAAAUUCCGUUAGCCCCGCGGGCCGACGAUAACAACAGCCCGCCUGUAGAUGAAGAGGAUGACACAAAGGGCGACAUCGACUCAAUGAUUGCUGAUGAUGAUGAAGACGAGGUUCCCACUCGGCCUAAGCCGGUCAGGGCGGAGAUAAAGCCCUCAUCGGCCAGCCGCCCGUCUCGGCGGCACAUUUCCCAUCGACGAUUCGGCACCCGGAGAGCCAUGGGGAAGAAUAAGCGCUUGGAAAUGGCCCGACUCCGCGAAGUCAGCAUGAGACUCGGCGGCGCGCAAUACUUCAAGAAGCGCGUCAACGAGGUGGCUUGCUGUGGGGCAUGUGGCCUCAAUCUGCACACCCGGCUCUCCGAGCACGCCUACAAACAUCUGAACGUGCCGCUGUUCUUGUGCCCACACUGUGAUCUGGGCAACCAUUCGCGCGACACGGUGGUGAAGCACAUGAAGGAGAUGCACGAUGACGUGAAUACGGGUUCCCCCAUCGACCAACGUCUAAAAUACGCCCAAGAAAUUAAGGACAUGAUUGCUCAUUGCUACCCCGGCUUCUUCGUCGAUGCCCCCAUCCCGACGCCGGCAGAUAUUGAAAAAUUGCAAGCACCAUUCGGCGACGAUGACACGAAACCGCAAAUUGCCAUCGACCACGACGGUGACCACGACGAAGAAGAUGACAGUGAUGCUGAUGAUCAGUCUGAACACACCGAGGAGGACGCGCCCGAGCUUGCCGACCAGACCACCGAACGCUCAGAGUCGCCACCAAACUCUGAACUAACCGAGGAA